GGAAAACACAUCUUUGAAAUAGCAUUUCCAGUGUCUCAACGAGGAAGUCAUUCGUCUGUUGGUGUUGGCUAUAAAGAUGCUCCAUUGAGCUAUAACAGCAGAGUCUGUCUUGUUGGGAACAAUGGAAUCUCAUGGGGGAUCAGUUUGAAAAGAAAAGAGUCAUGGCACAAUAAAAAGGGAUGGAGAUACCCACAAUAUUUGGUAAAUUGAACAUGGCAGAGAAAUUUAACACUAGAUUGUGAUUUGAAUACCACCAUUGAGCAGGCCCCUGGCAAAAUAAAGCUGCACCUGGGGGCAAAAUCUGAAUUUAAGCACCCCCUCUUUCCGAAAUAAAUAUAUAUUAAUACACAUUUUUUGCAUGAAAAAUGAUGGUUUUGGUGUCAUCUGAAGAUAGUGCCUUCUAAAAAUGGUACCUGGGGUGGUGACCCUUUCCAAACCAACUCGCUAAAUAAUUUUAGUUAGGAAAUGGGGAAGAAGUAUUCCCUGGGGAAUAGCCAACUUAAUAAAACAAAAAGUGUUUGAAAAGUUUCAUCUUUAUUUUUUAUAUUGUCCUGAGCAUUGCUGUCUAUAUCUUUGAUUAUGUUUAUUCCCCAUCGAUUCUAUGAUGGCUUGAAAUAUUAUAAAUCUGUUAAACAUUGUAAUAGGGCUGGAGUGUAAACAAAAAUGAUUUUUUAAUUUUUAUUAAAGAAUAUUUUUAAUCGUAAAGAAUCACCCACUUUUGUUCAACCUAUUUAUGAUUAUUUUUAGCAACAUAUGUCAACUUUAUACCAUUAAUAUUUAAAAAAAAAAACAAAGUUAAAGAAAUUAAGUGAAAAAUUUAGGAGAGUAUUUUUAAAAAUGUAUGCAAUUACUAUUAAUCAGUUUGUAUUUUUGUUUUUGUGGUACCUACGAUACCGGUACAGACUAGGCCUACAUAACUUGUAACAUUGGUAAUUAGACACAUUAAUCUAAAGAACACAUUAAAAUAGCCCAUGCUCACCAUAACCUUUCAUUCUUUAUGUGGCUGCUGAAACUCUCAUAAAAAAUUAGAAAAGUGCUAUUGUUUUUUUAUUUUUUUAGGAACAGUUGCCUGACAGGUUCUACAUGUACUUGGAUGCUGAUAAUGGAAUUCUUCACUUUGGCUCCGACCAGGUUUACUUCGGUGUGGCUCACUCCAACAUUGACAUGUGUCAACCAGUUUAUCCACUUGUGGCUUCCAACAAACACG